GCCGUUUUCCGGCGCUCCAGACGCGACGCCGCCCCUCUCCUGGGUCAGGAGAGGAAAAGAGGAGCUUGUGGCGGUGCGGCCGCAGGCCAUCGUUGGCCGCGCUGGCGGGGCCCGUGGGGAAGGCCGUGGAGAAAGUCCCUUAAUUUUUUCCAAAAUAGUGUUCUCAAACCCCAAAGAUGAAUGAAGGGCAUGAAAAACCUGUUUGGGGAAUGUACAGUCCAAAGAAGACAUAGAAAUCCUUACUGAGUUAGACUUAAGACUUCUACUUGGAGAUGACUCACUUAAACCAUUCGUAUUACCUCAUUUGGAAAGCAUUGAGAAACAGGAAAACAUUUCUAACAAAAUGUCAGCUUUUCGAAAUCAUUGUCCACAUUUAGAUUCAGUUGGUGAAAUAACGAAAGAAGAUUUAAUACAAAAAUCUCAUGGUUCUUGUCAGGAUUGUAAAGUUAGAGGACCAAACCUUUGGGCAUGCUUGGAGAAUAGAUGUUCGUAUGUUGGCUGUGGUGAAUCACAAGUAGAUCAUAGCACCAUACAUUCUCAGGAGACAAAGCAUUACCUAACUGUGAAUCUUACUACUCUUCGAGUGUGGUGUUAUGCUUGCAGCAAAGAAGUAUUUUUGGAUAGGAAAUUAGGAACCCAACCUUCAUUACCUCAUGUAAAACCACUUCACCAAACACAAGAAAAUAGUGUCCAGGAUUUUAAAAUACCCAGUAACACAACACUAAAAACUCCUCUAGUUGCUGUAUUUGACGAUCUGGAUAUAGAAGUGGAAGAAGAAGAUGAACUUAAGGCCAGAGGUCUUACAGGUUUGAAAAAUAUUGGGAACACUUGUUAUAUGAAUGCAGCUUUGCAGGCUCUUUCUAAUUGCCCGCCUUUGACACAGUUUUUUCUUGAUUGUGGAGGACUAGCCCGAACAGAUAAGAAACCAGCUAUUUGUAAAAGUUAUCUCAAACUGAUGACAGAACUGUGGCAUAAAAGCAGGCCAGGAUCUGUUGUGCCUACUAAUCUGUUUCAAGGAAUUAAAACUGUAAACCCAACAUUUCGGGGCUAUUCUCAGCAGGAUGCUCAAGAAUUCCUUCGGUGUUUAAUGGAUCUGCUUCAUGAAGAAUUGAAAGAACAGGUCAUGGAAGUAGAAGAGGAUCCUCAAACUAUAACGACUGAGGAGACCAUGGAAGAAGACAAGAGCCAAUCAGAUGUAGAUUUUCAGUCCUGUGAUUCUUGUAGCAACAGCGAUAAAACCGAAAAUGAAAAUGGCUCUAGAAGCUUCUCUGAAGAUAAUAAUGAAACAACAAUGUUAAUUCAGGAUGAUGAGAACAAUUCAGAAAUAUCGAAAGAUUGGCAAAAAGAGAAGAUGUGCAAUAAAAUUAGCAAAAUAAAUUCUGAAGGAGAAUUAGAUAAAGAUAGAGACUCUUUGUCUGAAACAGUUGACUUGAACAACCAGGAAACUGUCAAAGUACAAAUACACAGCAGAACUUCAGAAUAUAUUACUGAUGUCCAUUUGAAUGACCUGUCUACACCACAGAUCCUCCCAUCAAAUGAAGGUGUUAAUCCACGUUUAUCAGCAAGCCCUCCUAAAUCAGGCAAUUUGUGGCCAGGAUUGGCACCCACACACAAAAAAGUCUCAGCUCAAUCUGCAUCAUCUCCAAAGAGGAAAAAACAGCACAAAAAAUACCGAAGUGUUAUUUCAGACAUAUUUGAUGGAACAAUCAUUAGUUCUGUGCAGUGUCUGACUUGUGACAGGGUGUCUGUAACUCUCGAGACCUUUCAAGAUCUGUCCUUGCCGAUUCCUGGCAAGGAAGACCUUGCUAAGCUGCAUUCAUCAAGUCAUCCAACUUCUAUAGUCAAAGCAGGAUCAUGUGGCGAAGCUUAUGCUCCACAGGGGUGGAUAGCUUUUUUCAUGGAAUACGUGAAGAGGUUUGUUGUCUCAUGUGUCCCUAGCUGGUUUUGGGGUCCAAUAGUAACCUUGCAAGAUUGUCUUGCUGCCUUCUUCGCCAGAGAUGAACUGAAAGGUGACAAUAUGUACAGUUGUGAAAAAUGCAAAAAGUUGAGGAAUGGAGUAAAGUUUUGUAAAGUACAAAAGUUUCCUGAGAUUUUGUGCAUCCAUCUUAAAAGAUUCAGACAUGAACUGAUGUUUUCCACCAAAAUCAGUACUCAUGUUUCAUUUCCACUGGAAGGCCUGGAUCUUCAGCCAUUUCUUGCUAAAGAUAGUCCAGCUCAAAUUGUUACCUAUGAUCUUCUGUCAGUUAUUUGUCACCAUGGAACUGCAAGUAGUGGACACUAUAUUGCCUACUGCCGAAACAAUUUAAAUAAUCUCUGGUAUGAAUUUGAUGAUCAGAGUGUCACUGAAGUUUCAGAAUCUACUGUACAAAAUGCAGAAGCUUAUGUUCUUUUCUACAGGAAGAGCAGCGAAGAAGCACAGAAGGAGAGGCGGAGGAUAUCAAAUUUGUUGAACAUAAUGGAACCAAGUCUCCUACAGUUUUAUAUUUCUCGACAGUGGCUAAAUAAAUUUAAGACCUUUGCUGAACCUGGUCCUAUUUCAAAUAAUGAUUUUCUCUGUAUUCAUGGAGGUGUUCCUCCACGAAAAGCUAGUUAUAUUGAAGACCUGGUUUUGAUGCUGCCUCAGAACAUUUGGGAUAACCUAUAUAGCAGGUAUGGAGGAGGACCAGCUGUCAACCAUCUGUACAUUUGUCACACUUGCCAAAUUGAGGCGGAGAAAAUUGAAAAAAGAAGAAAAACUGAAUUGGAAAUUUUUAUUCGGCUCAACAGAGCAUUCCAAGAGGAGGACUCUCCAACUACUUUUUAUUGCAUCAGUAUGCAGUGGUUUAGAGAAUGGGAAAGUUUUGUGAAGGGUAAAGAUGGAGAUCCUCCAGGUCCUAUUGAUAACACUAAAAUUGCAGUCACUAAAUGUGGCAGUGUGAUGCUCAGGCAAGGAGCAGAUUCUGGUCAGAUUUCUGAAGAAACAUGGAGUUUUCUACAGUCUAUAUAUGGUGGAGGGCCCGAAGUUAUCCUGCGACCUCCGGUUGUACACAUUGAUCCUGAUGUACUACAAACAGAAGAAAAAAUUGAAGUAGAAACUCGGUCUUUGUAAUUUUGAGGAUAUAGAGAGUUCUGAUGAGAAAUCAUUUUCACUUCCCCUGACAUACACACAUGCAGAAACAUUCCUAAAAGCAUGUUUAUUUUCUCGAUUUUUAAUACUUUAUCUUUUAUUCCUUCUUACUGGGCAUUAUGGAAGAAUGUGUUAAAAUGUAUAAUAUUCUACAGGUUGGUAUAUUUAGUGCUAGAUUACUUACCAUAAAGUCUUUCAGUGUAAUAUUUUUGAAAGAGAAGGGGUAAUUGUGAUCAUUUGGUAAUCAGUAGGUUAUCUUUGGUCUUUAUACUACAUGUACAUCCAUAGUAUCCUUUGUAGCUUUGUAAAUACUUUUGCUUUGAAAACUUUUUCAUUACCCUGAACCACCAUAACUGACCAAUCUUUUCAGUUCUCCAAAAACCUAAUUUAAUUGUAUAGUUUUGACAUGGCUUCGUAUAAUAAAGAGCCUAUUUUAAAUUGAGAGUUGUAGUCAGGAAAAUGUUGUUAAUUUCCUCAAGCUCAGGAAACUGGUAGGGUGUCACUUUGCACUGCAGCAUAUAAACUAGCAUAUUAAUAUUUACAGAAUGUCUUUUUGAAUGUAUCAAGGAUGUAUUUAGUCUGAGUGGAAUUUGUGUCAGCAGACAUCAGUAAUUUAUUGCCUCUCAUACUGUAAAAUGUUAAACUUCCUAUAACCCUGGAUAGUAUUCAUAUUAUCACUAAAAAAUUUAGAGUAGGUUUUAGGGCACUUUUUAUCUUGAGAGCAUGCAAUAUAGAAUGUGUCAAUGAGAUUGUUAAUAAA